AUGGCUUCGACGGCAUCGCCCAUAGACAUUGCCACGCCGCGUGCGUCGCCCCCCAACCAGACUUCAAACUUGACCAGCCAACUGCAAGCUGCAAAUGCACGCAGUGGCGACACGCAGCCACCGACCUUCAUGGCCAACAUGGAGCGUCGCGGCAGCGAAUUCAGACCCGACAGCUUGCGUCCCGGCUCCAUCAGCAUGGGCAACUCGUUCCACUCGCGCCCCAUCUCGAUGCGUGACCGCGGUCGCCGUGACAGCACUAACCAUGCUGGCAGCCUGAUGGCCGGUAUGAGCUGGGGUGGUCUCUCGGUCGGCAGCUUCAUCCGCGACGAUCUAAUCAUGGCUGGCACUUCGCCAUACAACUUCCAGUCCCCCUCGUUCCACUCGUCUUCAUAUCUGCCCAAAAUGGAGGCAAACUUCAUGAAAGACUACAUCUGCUGCGGAAUCACUCUCGACUCGCUACACGAGCUGCUCCAGCACUACGAAGAAGCCCACGCUCAGGUGCCCACGCAAACCAUGGGCCGCACGCCCAAAGAGCACCUGCUCGCAAACGCUCGCAACGCAAACGCCGGUACUGCCGCCCAGAUGCUGCAGCAGCAGCAACACAGCCAGCCCCACAACCACCAACAAGCCCCUCAGUUUGACCACCCAUCCGGCCUCUCUCAAGGUCUAGCCCGCGAUCCUCUGCAAGAUCACGACAUGGACGACAUGGACAUGGACAUGGACGAUUCUACCACUGCCCCCGCCGUACAGGACCCUUACCAGAACCACCAGUUCCAGCCUCAACCACAGUUUGGUAGGCAGCAGGCCAGAGCGCCAUCGCUCAACAUUGGCAUGACCAGCGCUUUCCAAAAUACACAACAGGUCAACAACAUCUCGACGCCCACGACACCACAGCCUGGCCAGACUAUGCAGCUCGGCGGUUUCAACCCCACCGUUUCAUCUGUGAAUACGCCCACCUUUGGUCAAACAUCGCAGACUGUCAGCCCCUCCGAGUCAACUGUGCACACUCCCGGCGAGAUGGACCCAUCAAAUUUCAACGCCAGCAUGUCUGGCUUUGGCUUCCCCGACAUGAACGGCCAACAGGAUGAGUCGCGCUGCAUCGACGACCCCGCCAAGCGUCUUCUCAGCAAGCAGGGCGGCAUGGGCGGCUUCAAGAACCCGAGUCAAUUCGCUAACAACAGUGAACUGGCGAAACGCCUCCGUGAACAACAGCUCAUUCAAGGUUUCGGUUUCCCUGGCGAAGAGGCAAAGCCCUUCCGCUGUCCCGUCAUUGGCUGUGAGAAGGCAUACAAGAACCAGAACGGUCUCAAGUAUCACAAACAACACGGUCACCAGAAUCAACAGCUUAAGGAGAACCCCGACGGCACCUUCUCUAUCGUGGAUCCCGCCACAUCAAUUCCCUAUCCUGGCACUGUCGGCAUGGAGAAGGAGAAGCCCUACCGCUGUGAGGUCUGUGGUAAACGCUACAAGAAUCUGAACGGUCUCAAAUACCACCGCCAACACUCACCGCCCUGCAAUCCUGAUCUCAAGCUCAACCCCGUCGCCGUCCCUCAGAUGCCAAACGGCAUGCAAGCUAUGAACGUCAACGUUGCUGGAGCCGGUCUGUCCAUGGGUAUGGACGAUGGCUUGGGCUACUAG